CAGAAGUCGCGUAUAAAAUGACGGUGUUGCUUCGGAAUACAUUACAGAGAUCUUUGGGGUAGAUCUUCUCUCCCUCUUUGUUCCUCCGAUCAUUAUAGGGUUAAAUCUUGAAAGGCUAUCCGAUCGUUAUUUAAGGAUGGAUACUGUUCAAGAUAAAGAGAAUAUAAUACCCAAACUAGAUGAACAAAAGAAGAAGAAGAAGAAGAAGAAGAAGAAGAAGAAGAAGAAGAAGCAUGGCUGGGAGAAGAAGCAGGAGGAGAAAGCGAGGCGAAGAAAGCCAGGGAGAAGAAGAAACAAGAAGUAGAAUUUGCCUUUGUAUUGUGUCUUCCCUCUGUGUUUAAAAGUUGCACUGUUGGUGCUGUCUUGCAGGAAUUUACCAAUAUUGGUUUGAAGUUAUCAGACCUCAGAUGUCUUAGUGUCACACCAAGAUUUAUAGAGGCUCACUUUGCAAAGGAAGGUAGAUCCACAUUUACUGGUCCAUUUAUGAAAUAUAUAAGUGAUGGUCCAUUCCUUGCUAUGAAAUGGGAAGGAGAAAAUGCUGUCAAGAGAGCUUGUGAACAUGUAUCCAAAAAGAAAGAAUAUCCCUUAUGGGAUUACUGGCCACUUGUUUACAGUAGUGAUACAGUUAAAAGGGCACUAGAAGACGCCAGAACCUGGUUCCACGCCGAUUCUUCUGACUUGUCAGUAGCAGUACUGAAGAACAGAAAUAUGAUAUUUAACCUCCCUGAUGGCGGCAUAUGUGGUGGCUUGCCACAAGAGGAAUUAGAAAUCUUAGUUGAUGGAAGCACAGUUGAUUUUAACCUCUCAAGUGACCUUCAGCGGUUCGUCCUAAUCAAGCCGAAGGCUUUUGAAUUGCUAUCUACUAUUGAGAAAAACUGCCUUUACAUGAAAGGGUUAAAUCUGGUAAAAAAGUCUGAAGUUCCCCACAGUGUUGCAUGGUCUGAUGAUAAUUCUUCUUCCCCGGGUGAAACUCAGGAAAAAUUUGGUAUUGCUUUAAUUGUGUCGCUUCCAGAUUCAGUGUUUGAUUCAAAAGAUUCCUUAAUCAUUGCUGGCAGCGAAUUUGUGUAUGCAAGUGCGGAAGCUGAAUCGUCGUUGAAGUUUGUGAAAGAGUUCUUCCCAUUUGGUAUCGUUGGCUGGCUGGAUCCAGAUAUAACUGACCUUAGAGGCGGUUACUUCGAAUCAACCUUAAUUGGCCUUCAAUUUGAGUAGCAGGGUGAUCCGGAUAGAGUCUAAACUGGGGAUUUAUUUUGUUUUUUCUCCCUCGUGCCCUCUCGUGGCUGUCUUUUGUUUUUAUGAAAUUUUCUGCGUAAUCAAUACAUUUAUGUUGGCUUCAUGUGGACACUUACAUGAAGUGUUGGCUAUUUUUAAGUUCUCAAUCUUUUGCUGCAUCUUAGAUUUUGAA